AUGGCAAAGAAGUUAUUGUAUGACUGCUUGAAAGGAAAUGAAAAAUAUAUAGCAAGGAGGAAGGACAAGCUGGAGCGGGACAUUGAAGAUAUUAUUCGUUGCAUCAAAAAUACAAAAACAGACGACCUGCCUAUAUUUGUGGCUAAGGAAUUACACAAAUUACCUCCGGUCAACUUUGAAAAUAUAGAUGUCACACGGCUGUUGAAGGACAUUGUCAACUUGCAGGGUCAGAUACGAGAAAUAAAGGAUAUUUCAACGUUAUCUGUGAAUGCGGAGAGCGAAGUGGUUAACCCGCCCGCGACCGUUGACCCGAUGCGUGCGCCUACUCAGACACCUGAGCCGUGCCAACCUGUCUCGCUCCCGCAUAGCAGCGAGCCGACGUGCGCGCCGCAGGAGCGAAUGACGAGAGCAGAACCGGUUAUCGAUGCAGGCGGAGAGGCGAAUAAGCAAACUAUGGAGUUGGAUGAGUCAACUAUAGAUAAGAAUAAUUUGCAACAUAAACCAAUUGUUACUAAACAAACGAACUUAAAACAGUCUUAUGCCGAGUGUAUACCGGAAAAAGGUGAAUGGAAGGAUAAGGAGAUGGAUGAGGAAUGGAAACUUGUUCAGUCUGCAAAAAGGUCUAUGGAUGGUUUACGAGCCUUGUGUAAAAGUGCGGAUAUCGUGGCGUUGCAGGAGACAUGGCUUCUUCCUUUUGACCUGCCUUUCCUUAGUACGAUUGAUAAGGACUUCGGCUGGACGGUGGGCUGCGUCUACAUGCCUACGGACUCAUAUGAUAAUAAGCCAUUGUACACAGAGUGUUUAGGUGCGCUUUCUUCGACUAUUGCGGACAAUAAUGACGUGCAAGCGGUGUUUAUACUGGGGGACUUCAAUGCUCACGUUAACGAGCCGUUUUAUAGCGAGAUGAUGGAUUUCUGCUCUGAGCAACAAUGGAUAUGUGCGGACAUCGAUAAAUUGGGCUGUUUUGCGGUUUCAGCCACUCCUGCUGCUUCGGCCUCGGCCUCUCCUCCUGCCUGUGUGUUCUGCAGCGGUGAGCACCGGAUUUACGAUUGCUCGUCAUUCCUGUCCCUGUCCAUCGAAGACCGGAUCUCCGGAGCGUCAAGGUUACGCCUUUGUCUCAACUGUUUGCGGAAGGGGCACACUUCUCAUCGCUGCAGAGUAGCUCCGUGUCACACUUGUAAGAAGCGCCAUAAUAUUUUAUUGCAUAGGGAGACUCCUCAGGUUGCCACUGCGCCCGUAGAUGCGCCUCCGCCGCGCUCGGAGCCCGGGCUCGGGCUGUCGUCAAAUAUGACCGUAUCGCGCUCAAAUCAGGUACUUUUACCUACCGCGUACGUAGACAUAUAUAGCCCGGCUACUAAUGAUUAUGUAACGGCGCGCGCUUUUUUAGAUUGCGGAAGCAUGACUUCUAUUGUUACAACCGAUUUUAAACAGAAAUUGCAACUCGCACCGCUGCCCAGUAAUACAAAUCUUUUCGGAUUAUCUGACGUGCCUAUAUCUAGUAAUCCGGAACGCUGUUUUGUGCAAAUUCGGUCUAAACAUGAUAAAAAUAUUAAAUUCGAUAUCUCAUGUUUAGCGCUGCCCGUAAUUAACAGCAAUUUGCCACUAAAGCCUAUUGAUGUGUCGAACGUCACGUGGCCACGUAAUAAAAAACUCGCCGAUCCUCAUUUUAAUCAGCCCGGACCUGUAGAUAUCUUAAUUGGGGCUGACGUCUUUUGGAAUUUGGUUGGAGGCGAGCAAAUUGAUUUAGGGCACGAUACGCUUGUUUUGCGCAAAUCAAAACUAGGAUGGUUAGUUGUCAGUAAGUACAAUGCAUACUCAGCGUUCGAUAAAAACUCGUUCAAUUCUUUUUUACAAUGCAAUCACCUAUACACAACCAGUGAUAAUAAUCUUGACGACUCGCUUACUAAAUUCUGGCAGCUGGAGCAAGUGCCCCAACCUAAUCAACCGUUUACCGAUUUAGAGGCGGAAUGUGAGCAACAUUUUGUCACUCACACUUAUCGUGACGAUAACGGUAGGUUUCACGUACGCUUGCCAUUGGUUACGGAGCCCGAUUGUUUAGGGAACUCGUAUCGCUUAGCUAAAAAACGGUUCUUUGCAUUAGAGAAACGAUUUAAACGUAACCCUGAUUUAAAAGCGGCUUACGAGCAAUUUAUAAAUGAAUAUGCCGAAUUAGGCCAUCUCUCUGUGUCCGAUUCUGACAUUCCGGACCCUUCUUUUUUUGUGCCACAUCAUUGUGUGCAAAAGCCCUCCAGCGAAUCUACGAAAUUAAGAGUCGUUUUCCAUGGUAGUGCCCCCACCACGUCUGGUUAUUCUAUAAACGACCUGCAGAUGGUCGGGCCGACGAUUCAGGAUUCAUUAUUUAAUAUUCUAUUGAGGUUUCGCACUUACAAAUACGUUUUGACUGGGGAUGUCGCUAAGAUGUAUCGGCAGGUCUUGGUUCAGGAGUGUGACCGCGAUUUACAAUUAAUUCUUUGGCGCUCCAAAGAGAACGAACCUUUAAAAACUUUAAAACUUAACACGGUCACUUACGGAUUUUCAAGUGCUAGUUUUUUGAGCACACGCUGUUUAUGGCAGUUGGGCGAAGAAUGUGCAGAUGAAAAAAUUAAGACCAUCAUCCAAAAUGAUUUUUUAGUGGAUGAUUUGCUAACAGGAUCGGACACAGAGGAGGAACUACGUUCUAUUAAAGAGUCGAUUGAGCGUGCGCUGGCAGCUGGUUGUUUCCCUCUGCGCAAAUAUCGCUCAAAUUUAUCGUCAAUUUUGCACGACUCAGAAAACCCCAAUGAAAAUAAAGGUAGCUUGAUCAUUAGCUCAUCGUCGCAUACGUUAGGAGUGGGCUGGGACUCUGAGACAGAUAUCAUUCAUUUCCCUACUCAAUAUUCGGCCAAGGACGGCCAUCCUACGAAACGAUCAAUUUUAUCGGACUCGUGUAAAAUAUUUGAUCCAUUAGGCCUCCUUUGUUUGCUGACGAUUAUACCUAAAGUUUUAAUUAAAAAAUUAUGGAUUGAAAAAAUCGACUGGGAUGUUCCCGUGCCGAGCUACAUAAACGAGUCUUGGCAGGAUUUUGUAAACGGACUAGCGUCUUUAACUUCGAUCCAAAUACCUCGUUAUGUUCUAUGCGACUCGCCGACGCAUAUCGAGAUGCAUGUAUUUUGUGAUGCGAGCUCAGUGGCAUACGCGGCCUGUAUUUAUUUAAAGUCAACAAAUGAGAAGGGCGUUGUUAUGGUCAGGCUGCUGUGCGCCAAGGCCAAGGUCACGCCGGUCCAGGCUACGACUAUUCCUCGUUUGGAAUUAUGUGCUUGCCUUCUAGGCGCGCAGCUCGCGUCAGCUGUCUCUAAGACGUUGCGCUGCCAGAUUGCGCAAAAAUUUUAUUGGACUGACUCGUCAAUUGUGAUCGCAUGGCUUAAAACAAAUCAAACUAAAUUAAAAACAUUUGUUGCCAAUCGCGUGGCUCAUAUUUUAGAACUCACCGAUGGUAGUGAGUUUCGUCACGUUCCUACCGCUGUAAAUCCGGCUGACUAUCCAUCUAGAGGGGUCGAAGCGCGUCGCUUACCUGAUUUGCAAAUGUGGUGGACCGGGCCGUCCUUUUUGUACGAGCCACAGAAUAACUGGCCUCAGUUUUCCUCAAACUCGGAAUUCGAUUUACCCGAGCUAAAGGUUAACGUCGCGAUCACUAAAGAUUCACAAAAAAAUGAUGUCGUUGAUUUCGAUCGAUAUUCGAAACUUAAAACUUUGCAACGUGCGGUAGCUUAUAUGCUUAGGUUUGCGCAUAACUGCCGUCUCUCAACUAAUAAAACUACGGGUGUGCUACAACCUGAGGAGCUCGAGGCUUCUUUUAAAAAAUUGGUCGCUUUGUCGCAACAGGCUAGUUUCCCCCUUGAAUUGAAAUUGUUGCGUGACAAGCAAUCUCUAGGCCCUAAAUGCCCUAUUCUAUCGCUUAACCCAUUUUACGAUGAAGACGACAAACUUCUCAGAGUUGGUGGACGUCUGUCCUCUUCGUUUUAUCAAUUUGAUAAACGCCACCCAAUGCUUUUACAUGCCAAACAUAGAUUUACUAGAUUGCUGUUUCAACAGGAACACAUCCGUCUUCUGCACGCUCCUCCUCAGCUGCUUUUAGCCGCCAUUCGCGAGUCGGUAUGGGCCGUAUCGGGGCGCACACUUGCGCGCACCGUCUCGCAACAAUGCGUCACCUGUCGCCGCGUAGCUGGCAAUACUUCUGCUCCAUUGAUGGGCGCUCUACCCUCUCAGCGCGUAACGCCUGAUUUUCCGUUCAUUAGUGUCGGCGUAGACUUCGCUGGGCCUUUUAUGAUUACGGACAGGCAUGGCAGAGGUUGCAAAAUAACGAAGUGCUAUUUAGCGAUAUUUGUUUGUCUUCGAUACAAAUGUUUGCAUUUAGAGGCAGUAAGCACGCUAUCGACAGAUUCGUUUAUUCUUUCGCUGCGACGUUUUAUCUCUCGCAGAGGGCGACCUCGCGAGAUCUUCUGCGAUAAUGGACGUAAUUUUGUAGGAGCGGCCAAGGAAAUUAGCGAUUAUCUUAGUUCAAAUUCAGACACGGUUUGCAAUUUUGCAGCAAAUGAGGGAAUACAAUUUAAAUUCCAACCGGCAUAUGCUCCUCACUUUGGUGGUUUGUGGGAAGCAGGAGUCAAAUCUGCCAAAUUUCACCUCAAUCGCAUUCUAGGUAACGCUCAUUUAACCUACGAAGAAUUGGCAACUUUAUUUAGUCCUUUAUGUCCUUUAUCGUCCUCACCAAACGAUUUCCAACCCUUAACCCCAGGUCACUUCAUCAUCGGCCGCGCGCUCACCUCGUUGCCGUCGCCCCACCUCGCGGAUAUAAACCCAAGCCGUUUAGACAGGUUUCAGAGGCUCGAGGCACUAAGACAGCACUUCUGGCGACGCUGGCAAAUGGAAUACGUCUGCAAGCUCCAGCAACGGACGAAAUGGCGUGUUCCAGGACGAGCUCUUCAACUGGGUGACCUGGUCCUAAUCAAGGAAGAGAAUACUCCUCCACUGCACUGGCGGCUUGGACGAAUCUCCAAAUUGUUUCCUGGCGCCGACGGGAUUUCGCGAGUAGCCGAAGUUGCCACUGUAACAGGCACCUAUAAGCGAGGUGUGAAAUACCUCUGCCCUCUGCUGGACGAGACCCAUGAAGCCUUGAAGGCUAACGCCUCCAAGGGCCCCCAGGAUGUUGCGGCUCCUACCAACGAAGGGGAAGCGGGGACUGCAUACCAAUAAACCAGUUGGCCCAUCUGCCGCGCCCCUCGCCGCCUCUAGACGCCUAGCGAGCUCACUUGGCUCUGAGAUACGCGCUCAUGUGCGCGUCACACGCAUUUCAAAACAUAUUUUUCUAUUUAAGCAUAAGUAUCUUUGUGGACCUCGAAUUAGAAGUUUUUAAAAGUAUCUAAGAUUUUUAUUUUAAUACUCAAGACUCCAAGCU